AUGGCUCUAACAGGCCUGGGCUCAGGGAGGAAAAGUACUGAAGUGAAGACUUUAGGGACUCUGGAGGAGAUCAGUGCCCAGGCCAGCCGGAUGGCAGAGCUGAGCUUCAAAUCAACAAGUUCGCAAUUGCUGUGUGUCCAGUCGUCAUCGCUGCUCUUCUCCAAAGAGCCCAAAUCUCAGGAUGCCCUGCAUGGUCGCAGUGCUAUGCUGCGCUGUGAGGUCAGCGAACCCACCGGUGUACGAUAUUCAUGGCUUCAGAAUGGCCAACCUGUGCAGGACACGGAGCGAUGCUUUAUGGAGGAUGGAAACCUCAAAUUCACUGCUGUCGAUCGGCAUCUUGACACAGGAAACUUCCAGUGUGUAGCCACGAGCCUGACUACAGGCGAGGUGGCCAUCUCCACCAACGCCUCCUUCAACAUCAAGUGGCUUGAUAAUGGGCCAGUGACUCUGAAAGAACCCACCUCUGUAGAGGAGAUUGAUAAUGCUGAACAAAUCAUCUUACUGUGUCAGAUUGAUGGGCACCCACGGCCAAACAGUAAGUGGUACAAAGAUGGAGGAUCACUGUCUGUUAGGGACAGAAGUCUGAUUCUGAAAAAGCCAGUCCCUGAAAACUCCGGCACAUACAGCUGCUGUGCUCGCAAUGGUGCAGGCCAUCUCUGCAGCAGUACCAACUUUACCCUCAACAUUAUAGAUAAGACGAUUCCUCGUCUGCUGGUGGCUCCAGAGGAUCAGGUGGUGUUCAGGAACGAGGAGGCUGUGUUCCACUGCCAGUUCUCUGCCAAACCUCCACCCGUUGUAGAGUGGCUCCAUGAUGAAGAGCCUGUCGUUAACAAGUCACGGGUGACAGUGUAUAACAACGGCACCUUACACAUCACUCAGGUGAAGGUUAAGAGUACAGGUCGCUAUAAGUGUGUGGCUCACUAUGGAAAUGAUAAGCAGGUGCAUGCAGAAGCCAUGCUGCACAUUGCAGACAUUGAAGACAUGAACUUCCUAUUGCCAAGGUUCUUCUCUCCGAACCGCCUGGAGCAGGUAACCUGCGAACCUCCAGGGGGUCAUCCUGAGCCAGAGGUGUGGUGGGAGCAAGCGGGCAAGAGAGUGCCCUCAAAAGGACGGGUAUACCAAAAGGGCAUCGAUUUGAUCUUCAACCCGACUGAGGUUGGAGACUCUGGAUUAUACACAUGUGUGGCUCAGAAUAAGGCAGGGCGGAAACAGCAGGAUGUGAGCGUGACCGUGGCUGGUCCUCCAGAGUGGGCCGCUGAACCCCGGGACACUGACAUGGUGGAGGGGCAGCCCGGGUAUCUGCACUGCCAUGCCCGGGCCACACCCCCUCCCCAGGUUAUAUGGUACCGCAACUUGCAAGAGAUUAAUGAGGACGACAAUCGGUUUAAAAUUUUCCCUAAUGGAACUCUAAGGAUAAACAGUGUGGAGGUGUAUGAUGGAGUGACCUAUAACUGCAUGUGCAGGACAGUAGGAGGUCUUCUGACUGGACAAGCCAAAGUCAAUGUACUUGAGAAGCUGAAGUUCACUCCUCCUCCCCGUUCCUCUCAGUGUCUGCAGAGGAAUAGUGAAGGCAGCAUUCAGUGCUCUGCUACAGGUCGAGAGACUCCUACUAUACACUGGGCCAGGGCAGAUGGAAGUUCUCUCCCCUCUCAUGUAAAACAGAAAAACGGCACUUUGCACUUUGGAGAGGUGAUGCAGAGUGAUGCUGGAAACUACACCUGUGUAGCCAGCAACAGCCUGCAGGGAGAAAUCAGAGCCUACGUUUUUCUCACUGUAGGAGACUAUACAGAGUUUAUACUGAAACCAGAGCAAACCACAGUGUACCAGGGAAACACUGCCAUUCUACACUGCCAGGCUACAGGACACCCAGAACCUUACAUCCAGUGGAUGGUCAAGAAUAAAGUGCUCUCCAUCAACUCGGCCAGAUUUCAAAAGAUGCCCAACGGUUCUCUUGUCAUUAAAGAUGUCUCUACUGAUGACACAGGAAGGUACACGUGUAUCGCCGGCAACAGCUGCAGCAUCAAAGAUCAUGUGGCACAACUCUUUGUCGUUGAGAAGCCAAGAAGCACUCCCAGUGAAGAUGAAGGGAAAACGCCGUACAAGAUGAUCCAGACCAUCGGUCUUUCCGUGGGAGCGGCUGUUGCUUACAUUAUCGCUGUGCUGGGCCUUAUGUUUUACUGUAAGAAAAGACGCAAUGCCAAGAGACUGCAGAAAGGACAGGAUGGGGAGGAGCCGGAGAUGGAAUGUCUUAAUGGGGGUACUGUGCAGCAAAAUGGUCAGACUACAGCUGAAAUCCAGGAAGAAGUGGCUCUUACUAAUCUAGAGACCAUAGCCACUACUGAGAAACGUCACAGCAACACAGACAAGUUUCACUUUCCCAGAGCAGAUUUACACCCCAUCACUACACUGGGUAAAGGACAGUUUGGAGAGGUGUUCUUGGCCAAAGCACACAAGAUAGAGGAUGGUGAGGAGCAAACUGUGGUUUUGGUGAAGAGUCUACAGUGCAGGGACGAGCUCUCACAGGCCGAGUUCAGACGACAGGCUGAGAUGUUCGGCAAGCUGAAUCACAUCAACAUAGUGCGCCUGCUCGGUCUCUGCAGAGACACAGAACCACACUACAUGGUCCUGGAAUAUGUAGAUCUGGGUGAUCUUAAACAGUUCUUGAGAAUUUCAAGCAAAGAUGACAAACGUAAAGCACAACCUCUCAGUACCAAAACAAAAGUAUCCAUUUGUGCCCAAGUGGCCGCAGGGAUGGAGCACAUGUCCAAUCAGCGGUUUGUACAUAAGGACCUGGCAGUGCGAAAUUGUCUGAUUAGUGGAGACAGACACAUCAAAAUCUCUGCAUUAGGUCUGAGCAAGGACGUCUACAACAGUGAGUACUGCCACUAUAGACAGAUGUGGAUGCCGCUGCGCUGGAUGCCUGCAGAGUUUGUCUUUGAUGAUGACUUUUCCACCAAAUCAGAUGUGUGGGCUUUCGGUGUGCUAAUGUGGGAGGUGUUUAGCCAUGGUGAGCUGCCGUACUCCACACUUAGCCAUGAAGAGGUACUCGAAGGUCUUCAAGCGGGAACACUGAAGCUUUCUGCUCCUGAGAGCUGGCCUUCUGAAGUCUACAAACUAAUGAGUCACUGCUGGGCUCCCAGUCCCAAAGAGCGGCCAUCUUUCAGCGAGCUGGUUCUAGCUCUGGAGGACAUUCCAUUGGACAGCAAUGUGUGAAGUCUAGGUUUGCUCUGCUGUGCUACAAUCACAGACCUACAAACUCGCUCAGACUGGGUCCCCACAUUUCAGGGAGCAAGAGUGCAUGAGUGAUAAACAAAGAAUUGUUAAUUGCGCUAUCAGUGCUAUUUGUCAGUAUAAGAGUGUGUGUGUGUGUGUGUGUGUGUGUGUGUGUGUGUGUGUGUGUGUGAUGUGUGGACCCCCUGAGUUUCUUUUGCCUUAACCAUGGCAUGAAAGGACACUCUGUAACCUCUUCAGUGACCUGUUUACUUUUUUAAUAUUUGGCCAUGCCUGUUUUUUUUACCUGAGAUCUUCCUUGAUUAAAUCUCUGGAGCACCAGGUGGUCUCUGAGCUACCUUUUCUAGGGGUACGACCUUUAAACUUGACUUUUCAUGUCUGCCGCGGAGGACAAUCCAAACCAAUUAGGAGCAAACUGGCUCCUGGAAAUGCUGGACUUAAUGACAUUUUAACACUCAGUCCAAGGACUUGAAGUUGUUGUGCAUUUAAUUGUGUGUUUAAAUGUGUGAAUCUGUUAGUGGUGUCAAAUGUGGAUCAGCUCUAGAUUAAACAGAGCCAUGUUUGCCAUGAAGGGUGGGAAACUGUUACAUGUUUUUUUGAUGAGCCAGACUUGAUCUUGUAAGGAGAUUAAUCUAUGGGGAAAUAAGCUUAUUAAUUACCUCCAUAAUAUCCAGUGACAUUAUUUCGUGUCGCCAAAUAUUUUAGUUUGACAACAAAAUUUAGCAGCAUGGCUGGUAUAGCGAGUUGAAACAUGCACAAAAACAUGGUCAUGAGGAUAUACGUACGUUUGAGCCUUGCCUUCAGUUACUGUCUGUAAGGAAACUGGCAUGUCCUCCCUGUGUCUGUAUAGAGUGCCUCUUGGUAUUGUGCUUUUUUUUUUGCUUCCAAAACAUGCAGAUGCUAGAUUGGCUGCUCUAAGUUGCCUCCAGAAAGGAAAGAAUGAAUGCUUAAGCCACACUGAGAUUGAUUAUCACCCCAUCCCAAGUUUUUCUAGGUGACACCACACCAUCCACAAGCCUGACUUUAACCUGAGUUAAAAACAGCCAAUGAACUAUGAACUGUUUAUUUUUGUUUUUACUUGACCAGAGUUUAAUUUAAGGUGAACUUUUAUACCAGGAUGGCACCAAACACAUCAAGACACUUUAAGUAAGCUGUGCCACCUUAGUUCUAACAAACUGUAAGUUAACUGCCAUGUUUGUUUAUUGGUUUACACUUUAAUCAUUUUUAAUUAUUUUUUUUCUCUCACAACCUCUGCCGUAUGCACCUCACUUACUUUGAUCAAAGAGCUUGCAGGCUACCGCUGACAUGUGAACCACUGACAGCUUCUUUCAUUGGUCAUUAGUGGAUUUUCACAAAGCACUUUUCUCCCAGUUUUCCCCCACCACUCAUGCCAUCACCUUGACCAGACAGCAGCAUGUUGGUGACUCCCAAUCCAGCCCUUUAGCUGAUUAUGUCUAAAGAGAGCCCAAUGCUGGUGACAUAAUGAGACUCAAAAUGGGCUCACCUGGCAUAUUAGACUGCUGCUACCUGAGUGCACACUACCGGUUUCUUCAGGGGUUUAUUCUUGUUACAAGGUCAUGUCUGGCUAUAAAAGACAUCUGGCUCCAAACUCUAAACAUCAGUAUUCAACAAAAUGAAAGAAAUACAAAAAACAGUAUAAACAGAUACUGUGAUAAUGCAGAAUUUACUCAAGUUAACAAAUACAUGCAGUUAAUAAUGUAUGUAGAAGUUGAGUGCAAGGUAAGUGAGAGAUGUUACAAUUGUACUUACUAUUUUCUUUCAGAUUUACCUUUUUUAUCUUGGUGCUCACAUUGGACCGUAAUAUUUAGACAAAGAGAACAGAACUCACAAUACAUUUUAUUGCCUACACACCUGAAGCCAUUAACAUUAAUGUAUACAAAAAUUCUGCAUAGCCACGUUAAGAAUUUCCUCACUGUUAGAUUGCUUUUCACUGUUCUGUUAUUUAAAACGGACACAAUGCACUAACUUCACUUAAAUCCUGUUCUAUGUAGUAGGUUUUUUUUUUUUUUAUCUGGAAGGAUGUCUGUGAGCCUUUGUCUGUGGUAAAGGUUUUAUAUUCAUUAUUUUUAAUAGAAAGGUACGUGAGAUCUUUUUAUACGAUUAUGUACUCAAUCAAUCUGUCUCAUUUUGCUGUUUGUUUAAUGGUGUUUGUUGAACACAGGCAGCUGGGAGUUUCGGUGGUCUCCAUUAGUUCUACAGACCACAAGUGCCUAGGACAUGAAGGAUUAUUUACAAUCUUUUAUAUAUAUUCUGUAUAUUGUUUUUUAUGAGCUUUUUAAUCUUUUAUGUGUUAUGUUUGUUUUUAAGAACAAAUACAUGGUCUACGUUUUUUUUUAUUAUAUUAAGCACUCACAUGUAAAAUGCAUUUUCUUAGUUACUUAAGCUAAGGUCAAAGUAAUCACAAUGUAUGCUGCUUUCAUUAAACGUUCACUUUUGUAAC